CGGGCACAGUGGACGUGCAUUUGGUCUGCGAAGCGAAGCCAGACGACGGUGGGAAGUCCUGGUGUUGCCUACGCGCCUAUUGUCCGGAAACUGGAAUGGAUAUCAGCGACGAGACCUUGUGUGAUCGGCUACGGAACCGCUGUUUUUCUAUGAAGCGCGGCGAGAGCCAGGGCAGCGCGUCG